AUGCUCAAAUUAGAGACUGCCAUUUAUGUUGUUUUUUGGCAUGACAUUCUUGGCCGAGUUGAUGCUACAAGUAACACAUUGCAAGACCCAAAACUUGAUCUGAAUACAGCAGUAGCAGUGUUGAAGUCCUUGGAAUGUUUUGUACGUGAAAAGCGAGAGUGCUUUCAUGUUUAUGAGAAGAAGGGACAGGACUUAUCUGGAACCGAUGAAUAUUCUCCACCACGCAUUCGUCACCGCAAUGUGCGCCUGAAUCCGUUGGAUUAUGGACGAUCUGAGGAAGUAACUCUUUCUCACCCUGAAAAGUUUCGUGUUGAUAAUUUUCUUCCAGUAAUUGAUCAGUUUUUGAGUUCCCUUAAUCAACGUUUGAAGGCCUACGAGAACACUUGUUCCCUUUUCGGUUUCUUAUCUGAACUGGAAUCACUGAGCUGUACUGAAAUAAAAGCAGCUGCAGUAAAAUUAAUGUGUGAAUAUAAAGAUGAUCUGGAUCAAUCACUUGGUGUUGAACUUGUACAGUUUGCAGCUUUUUUCACCCAGUUUCUGGAUGAUUAUGUUAAGACUGAUAGCUUUGGGAAGGAACAUUUCCUUUACAAAUUGCUGCUAGACAAGAAAGUUGCAGAUACUUUUCCUAAUGUUGAGAUAAUGCUUAUGGUCACAAAUUGCUCUGGAGAACGUUCAUUCAGCAAAAUGAAGUAUAUCAAAAACAGACUUCGUACUACAAUGCAUCAUGAUCGACUCAGUCACCUGGCUUUGAUGAGCAUAGAGAAUGACAUCCUCAGAGACAUUGACUUUGACAUAUUGAUCACCAAAUUUGCAAGGGCCAAGUCUCGUAAAGUGUCUGGUCUGUAA